GCUGCGCCGGAAGUUCCUGGCCGGACCUGGCGGUAACCUUGGGGUACUCGCCGUCGCCGACGUCGCCGCCGCCGCCGCCGCCACCGCCGCCACGGUGGGCUUUACAAGUCCCAGCCUCAACCGGGGUCAGACCUGUUAGCUGCCGGGCAUCACUGGGGUUGCGGAGGAGGACCUUGAGGACAGCGAGGAGCAGGACACUCGGGCGCAGGGCCGCCUAGCCGACAUGUCUCUGGUGGCAGAAGCCUUCGUCUCGCAGAUGGCAGCUGCAGAACCUUGGCCUGAAAAUGCUACAUUAUAUCAGCAACUAAAAGGGGAGCAAAUUUUGCUUUCUGACAAUGCAGCUUCUCUUGCUGUGCAGGCCUUUUUGCAAAUGUGUAAUCUGCCUAUCAAAGUGGUUUGUAGGGCAAAUGCAGAAUAUAUGUCUCCAUCUGGUAAAGUACCUUUUAUUCAUGUAGGAAAUCAAGUAGUAUCAGAACUUGGUCCAAUAGUCCAAUUCGUUAAAGCCAAGGGCCAUUCUCUUAGUGAUGGGCUGGAUGAAGUCCAAAAAGCGGAAAUGAAAGCCUACAUGGAAUUAGUCAACAAUAUGCUGUUAACUGCAGAGUUGUAUCUUCAGUGGUGUGAUGAAGCUACAGUAGGGGAGAUCACUCAUGCUAGAUAUGGAUCUCCUUACCCUUGGCCUCUGAAUCAUAUUUUGGCCUAUCAGAAACAGUGGGAAGUCAAACGUAAAAUGAAGGCUAUUGGAUGGGGUAACAAGACUCUGGACCAGGUCUUAGAAGAUGUAGACCAGUGCUGUCAAGCUCUUUCUCAAAGACUGGGAACACAACCGUAUUUCUUCAAUAAGCAGCCUACUGAACUAGAUGCACUGGUAUUUGGCCAUCUGUACACCAUUCUUACCACACAAUUGACCAGUGAUGAACUUUCUGAGAAGGUGAAAAACUAUAGCAACCUCCUUGCUUUCUGUAGAAGAAUUGAACAGCACUAUUUUGAAGAUCGUGGUAAAGGCAGCUUAUCUAUCAGACUGUCUUAGAAUUAUGUGUUAAUUUAGUUUUUAGUGAACAAAAUUUAACUUUGGAAAUAUAUGUUACUUGAACAAUAUGAUAAUGGUAUCAGAAUUUUAAAACCAAAACACUGCUUUUUGAAACCUCAAGACAUAUUAUGUAUUCUGUACAUGUACUUUAUACUGUUAUUUGUGUACACCUUAAAAUAAUUCUGAAUGACUUGAUUUGAUAUGUUGUACUCUAUAUUUUGAAAUUUUUGUUUUUUUGAAACGUGUAUGCAUAUAAAAAUAAACCUUAAACAACUGUAUGGUUGGUGUAUUUACUUGAUCUUUCUGAAAGCCUGUCUCUUGAGCUUUAUACAUGGAAUUCUUUUCUAAGGCAAGUAAUUCGUGUUCCAUACUCCCAAGAUUACUUUGCUAGAUACAUAGUGAACCUGGUUAUGGGAAAAUUGUUCUUAACAAAUAUGCUCUUAGAAGAUGUGGAUGAUUACAAAGUGAUUAAAUCUUGGAACAGAUUAUCGUUUAAGAGCAUUCUUCAUAUCUAAACUUAAUUGAAUUUAAAAACAUUUCAGCAGAGCAGCUAUAAUUUACAUUUGAUAAAGGGAUAGUUUCAAGGACUUUAUUAUUUUGAUACUUUUUAAUUUGAGACAAGAAUGUUUUACUAAUGCUUUUUUAUUUCUUUUGUGGGGAAGAUAGGACAGUUUUCACAGAAGUAUCAACAAGCAUUUAUAUAUAAGCACUAAGGAUUACAUAUUGUGUCCCUUUCAAAUUUUCUAUUUUAUAUAAAACCACGGAGGGAUACUAAAAAAGAGACAGAUGUAAAAAUCAUUUCCUGAAAAUGUCUAGAAUAGUACUUUUAUAUUUUCUUUUUAUAUACAGGUAUUUUAAAUUCAUUUAAUCCUUAAAAAAAUACUGAAAAUUUUCCCCAGAUUAUCCCCAGUUCACAGAAGAGGCAGUAGAGACACAGAAAGGGUAAUACCUUGCUUACUAAGGUCAUAGAGUUAGUAUGUGAUAGAGUUGGAAUUCAAACCCAGGUGGUCUGGCAUCUGUUUGGCUUUUAAGGAACACUGCAUUUUUUUUUUUUUUUAAAGAGUAUAGAUUUUUACCACAUGAAGGGUAUAUUAGAUUCUCCUGAGUCUAAAUCCCACACAAACUUUGGAUACUCUCUUUGGACUACAGUGGUAUUUAUUAUAGCUUUCCUGAAUUUUGUAAUGUGUAUUAUUAUUAAAAUAAAAAAUAAUAAGUUACCUGUGUUGCACAGUUUUUAAGAUCGGGUUUAUUUUUGAUAUAUAUUUUAUAUGUAUAUGCUUUUUGAAAAAUAUAUAACCAUAACAUUCAUUUAAUUGAACAAGUACCAUUUGUACCUCAGUAUAUAAAAUCUAGACUUUUUUCUUUGAUUAUUUUUUGGAUAUAAAGAUAUUACAGCAACAUGGGUUGUGAUAUUUUAAUCUUAAUUAUUAUAGUACAACAGUUUAUAUUCUUACCUUAAUAUGAGAAACUUUGAGAAAUAGUGGCAGUUUAUUUCAAGUUGAAAUGUUUAUUUAAGACUUACUGUUUAUGAAUCACUCUCAGGGAAGCUUAGUUUUUCUGUAGUGUUGAGUGAAUGAUUAUCAAAAGAAUGCAUUAGAAAAUAGAAAUCUUGAUAUGAUGACUCAGUUACCUGCUUUUAUCUUUUAAAUUUGGGUCCAUAAAGCCAAGUCACAGUAGCUAAACAUUUUCUCUGAAAAGCUAGUUUGCUGACCAAAGAGUUAAAUGUUAUCUUAACUGUCAAAAUACGUGUGUACUGAAUUUUAAUAUAAGUAACACGAUCCUUUAUUAAAAUGAAAAUUUAAAUCAUAAGUAGUGAGAAACUUUAAAUAAAGACAGGUACUGUCAUUUCAUAACUUCUGACUGAUGUGCAUUAUUGAGUUUAAUAUACCUUAUCUUCUAUGAAACCCUUUAGAAGUCCAACUUGUUACUUUUUGAGUUGAAUAUUGGAUGAUAGAUAUUGUAUUAAUUCAGUAGGUAGCCUAAAUCCAGAAAAAGUAGAAAUUGUAAAAUGUCAAUCAGAGAGAUUCACUAAUAAUAUGUCUUGAUACUUUUUUGAUGAACAGAAUGAGUAUUUUUCUUACUGUUAUGUAUGAUUGUCAUUUAAUGAGAAUGGGUAAAAUGUAGCUGUACAUUGAGAGAUUUCCAAUUACUACAUUUCAAGUAAAAUUUAAUCUGAUAUAA